AUGGAAGAUUUCAAUGAAGUAUCAAUGAACUUUCGAGAAUUUCUGAAAGAACAAACAUCAACAAGUGUAUUAACAAAAUGUAUCGAUUUAUGUAGGCAACAUCGCAAUUUCUUCAAGGUUUCCAAUGGUGUGUUGACUUUGUCUAAUUCAUCUAUUAAAUGGCCCACCAUUAUACAUGGUGAUUUUAAUUCAGAAGGUAUCAGACAAGCAACAAAGUAUAUUGAUACACCUGAAUACGAAGUUUUUUCUCGACUUAUCUCGUACAAUAUGCCAGUAUACUCAACAAAUCAACCAUUGUAUGAUGUUUUUAGUAGUAAAGCAUUAUUAAUGCCAAGACAACUACAUCCUCUAGAAUUACAAUUAUUCAAUGUUCUUUCACUAUCAAAUGAAUUACCUAAAUUUGUCAAAUCAUUUGGUCAAUUCGUUAAUAAUUUGAAUAAUCUUUUUUUCUUUUAUUGAGCAUGUAAAAUUAAUCUUAAACCGUCACCUGAUGAAAAUAAAUGCGGUUCAUUGUACCAACGAUUACCUAUUUCUGUUGGUGCACGCGUUAUUAUUAGACGAAAUAUCGAUCAAGAUAACUCUGUUAUUAAUGAAACUGAUGCCGUAGUAAAAAAGAUAGUUUGGGAGGAUUCUACAGAUUUUCUUUUACCACCAGCAGCAUCCGAAAACAUAUUUCCUGGAUUAUCAAAUGUUAUCAAUACAAAACUACCGAAAUAG